AUGUCGAAAACUUUGCAGAUUGGUUUAUUUUCAUUGACUCCACAAUAUGGCUUUGAAAGGCCUGAUAUAGUUUUCAGAUAUUAUGAGGAUACCGAUAAUUUAGCAAUUUAUUUUGUAAAAGCAACCCCUGGAAAUGUUAACAAAACCUCUUUAAUAUUAAACGCGAAAUUUCAUGGCAAGGAAAACAAUAAAGCUUAUAACUUAAAACUAGAAGAGCGUAUGGAUAAACUCAAAAUUGAAUCCGGAUUUGAGUGUUCUGCAAAACGCGUUUCUCUAGUGCCAAAAACUGUUGUUAACAUUACUCCUCUGGCAAAUCAACGAAAUAACAAAUUCUUAAGAGCUAGAGUGUGGCGUUUAGAUGAUUUUGAAAUGGGGAACCCUCUUGGUGGAGGGCGUUUCGGUCGGACGUCUCAAUAUCUUGCGCUUAUAUGGUCAUAUGGUUACUUUCACGAUAAGCAUCGCGUAUUUUUGGUGUUGGAAUAUACCGAAAAUGGAGAAUUGUAUAAGCAUCAUCAAAAAGAUGGGCCUUUUACAGAACAUAAAGCAGCAAGUUAUAUAUCUCAGAUAGCAGAUGCUCUUGCCUAUCUUCAAAAGAAAAAAAUCAUUCAUGAGAUAUGA